AUGAAUAUUGCAUGGAAUAUGGUAAAAUAUAUAUAUUGUAAAAAUUAUGGUGAAAAAUAUACUCAUAUGUGGUGUAAACAAUGUCAAUUAAAAUAUUUAAAAGAAUAUUUCAUAAAUUGCACCAGUGAGAAUGAAAAACUUGAUUAUUUAAUUCAAGAAAUGCAAUCAAAAAUUAAUUCUUGUUUCAAUAUAGUAUUUGAAUCCAUACCAUACAAUCAAUUUAAUUAUGUAAAGGAAAUAGGUAAAGGUGGAUUUGCCACAGUAUAUUUAGCAAUAUGGAAAGAUGGUCCAUUAAAAUAUAAUAUUGAUAAAAAAAUGUAUACAAGAGUUUCAAACAAAAAAAUUGCUUUAAAAAGUAUAAAUGAUUCACAAAUUAUGACUGAUAAAUUCUUAAAUGAGGUUAAAGAAUAUUCAAUUAAUAAAAUGAAUGAUAUUCUUAACGUAUAUGAAGAUCCAAAUACAAAAAAUUAUAUUAUAGUUCUUGAAUUUGCAGAAGGUGGAAGUUAUAAUUAUUGGAUGAAUAAAAAUUAUAAAGAUUUCGAUUGGAAAAAUAAAAUACAAACACUACUUAGUAUCAUUGAAGGUCUCAAAGGAAUUCAUCAAAAGCAGAAGGUUCAUCAUGAUUUACAUCCAGGAAAUAUAUUAUUUUUGACAAAAAAUUUAAAUUCUUUUAAUAAGAAAUCAUUAUUUAUAUCAGAUAUGGGAUUAUGUGAAGAUGUGAAUAAUACAAGCGAGGUAAAAAUUUAUGGAGUUAUUCCUUAUAUGGCUCCUGAAGUGUUAAGAAAUAAAACUUACACUCAAGCAGCCGAUAUAUAUAGUUUUGGUAUGAUUAUGUAUUUUACAGCAACUGGAAAACAACCUUUUGUCAAUCGUGCACAUGAUCACAAUUUAGUAUUAGAUAUAUGCAAUGGAAUUAGACCUGAAAUCAACGAGCCAGGAGCACCAAAAUGUUAUAUUGACUUAAUGAGGAGAUGCUGGGAUUCUGAUCCAAGUAAUAGACCAAGUGCUAUUGAAAUUCACAAAUUAAUCAAGUCAUUUUGUAAAUUUUAUAUUUCAUAUAAAAUGGGUGGAUCAAAUGAGGUUGAAAUUAAAAAUCAAAUUAAAGAAGCAGAAAAUUACAGAAAAUUAUACCAUUCUCUUAAGAAAAACAAACAACAUCCACAAGCUAUUUAUACAUCUCGAUUACUUAAUCCUUAUACAGCAGAACUUCAAGAAUAUGAUAAUUCUGAAUGUUUAGACUGUGAAAUUAUUUAUUGA